AUGCCUAUCAGACCCACCGCAGAGGAAUUCAUAAUCAACUUCCAUACCCGACCGAACGCGUCCAGUCCCCCAGCUCGGAUAGAGGACCCACCCGCCGGGGCUGCGCAAAACCAUUUUCCACAUCUGAGAGUGCCGCCUGUGGUAAAUGAUUUUUCAAUGUGCCUACACCGACGUGUUCAGGAUUCCUCAAGGGAACAUGAUGGCGUUUCUUUUCCCUUUGCUGUCUUCAAGGCAACGUAUAUUAUCUAUCUAUCGAUCUAUCUAUCUAUCUAUCUAUCUAUCUAUCUAUCUAUCUAUCUAUCUAUCUAUCACACUUUAUUCAUAUUUAUCUAUCUGUCAGCCUGUUCAUAUCUAUCUAUCUAUCUAUCUAUCUAUCACACUUUAUUCAUAUUUAUCUAUCUGUCAGCCUGUUCAUAUCUAUCUAUCUAUCUAUCUAUCUAUCUAUCUAUCUAUCUAUCUAUCACACUUUAUUCAUAUUUAUCUAUCUGUCAGCCUGUUCAUAUCUAUCUAUCUAUCUAUCUAUCUAUCUAUCUAUCUAUCUAUCUAUCUAUCACACUUUAUUCAUAUUUAUCUAUCUCUCAGCCUGUUCAUAUUUAUCUAUCUAUCUAUCUAUCUUCUAUCUAUUUAUCUAUCUCAGCCUGUUCAUAUCUAUCAUCUAUCUAUCUAUCUAUCUAUCUAUCUAUCUAUCUCUUAUUCAUAUUUAUCUAUCUCUCAGCCUGUUCAUAUCUCUAUCUAUCUAUCUAUCUAUCUAUCUAUCUAUCUAUCUAUCUAUCUCAUCCUAUCUCUCAGCAUUUUCAUCUCUCUCUCUCUCUCUCUCUCUCUCUCUCUCUUUCUCUAUCUAUCUAUCUAUAUAUCUAUCUAUAUAUAUAUAUAUAUAUAUAUAUAUAUAUAUCGGCCUGUUCAGAUCUAUGUAUCUAUCUAUGUCAGUCUCGCUUUAUCUGUCACUCGCUCUAUGUGUCUGCUAAUUUCUGUCUUUGGAUUUAG